CCCGCGGCCCCGCCACCCCGGCACCAUGAGCGACCUGCAGGCCACCUUCGAGUUCAGCGUUGAACUCUACAAGUUCUACAAUGUUGAUCUCUUCCAGAGAGGGCUUUACCAAAUCCGAGUGGGGCUCCGCGUGUCCCCAAAGGUGCCGGUUCACAUCGAGACAUCUGUGUCGAGCGGCAAUGGAGCCGCGCGCGCUGGCCGCCCCUCCGCAAACGCGGCCCUCGGCGGACUCGCCGCGUCCCGCGCCUUCCAGAUCAUGUAUAGGAACGAAGAGAUCACCUUAAGAGACAUCAUCCAGUUUAGAGCUCAUUUGUUAGUCGAUAGCCGCAAUCUUAAAGAGUCCCUGGAGCGAACAGAAUGGAGUCUAGGUGUAGAACUAUGGUGCAGCGAGGGCGCUCAGUCCAGCACCCUGGCUCCUGUCUCCUGCCGCGUGCUGAAGCUUCACUUUCAGCCGUCACAGGGGCUCCACUACCACCUGCCUGUGCUCUUCGACUACUUCCACCUCUCAGCUGUCUCCAUUACCAUACAUGCGAGCUUGGUCGCUUUGCAUCAGCCUUAUAUCAAAAAGAGCAUCAUGCAUUAUGUGCAAAGCUGUACCCCGCGCUCAAGCAAACAGUGGGGGAAACUAAUGAAAAGCGCAGGCUCCAACUUCAACGCGUCAGGCAGCUUCGAGAACAUUCUGUUCGGAUCCAGCGGCAAAUGUGCUGGUGGUAACUCUAGCAAGAUCGCACACGCCAGGCAAGUCCAUGCUGAAGUAUGUGGCAUACUCCUGGGCUCGCUGGAGGGCCUGCAGGGGGCACUAGCGGUGUGCGGCUCCACCGGCGUGCAACUCAGCCCAGAGGAAGCCUCCUCCAACUCCAUUGUAGGAGAAGUAGCGCAAAGGAUUAAAGAUCUCAGCGACAAUAGUAAAAAACCGGAGGCGGGCUCUGAGGAGGAGUGGGCGAUGGGCGCAGCGCACGACAUCGCGCGGCUUUGCGCGGAGGUCACGCUACGCUGGCGCGCCUUCCUACACCACACCUCAGAUCGGCCACAUGUGCACCACGCGCUUGCCGCCGCACACCAUGCACUACGCAUUAAACGCUUCUCGGAGUGCUUCUUCGUGCUGGACAACCCGCGGCACUCGCUGGCCGGCUGCUACGACAGCAACUAUCAGUCGUACCAGAGCGUGGGCGAAGCGGCGCGUCGCUCGCGGUAUCUCGCACUGCUACCCCCAUUGCCCGUACACUGCAUCGCGCUGGACGGAGAUCCGCAUAUUAUGCCUGUUAUAUUCGAGGACAGAUACCAGGACACAGCAGAAUUUGCUAGACGGCGCUCCUUCUUAAAUUCAAGUGCUAAUAAAUCGGGCAGCGAUCCGUUUCUCUGUUCGGAGCCUGUAAGCGAAGACUGUGCCUGUAGUGUAAGCUCAAUGAUGGACUCUAGAAGGCCUUCAUCUGAAGCUUCACGAGUCACGUUAACUUUACCCAAAACUAUGAUGGAUGUCCUGGAACCACAAUUUAGUGGAUCAAAAACUAGUGCACCAAAUAUUGUGCAAGCUACGUUGACUCUAGCACCACAAAAACCCUCACAUGGCUCUCCUAAAAGAACUCUCGUUAAGCAAAAUGUUGUUGAAAUGAAUAAAACAUAUAACAAACAAUUAGAAUUAACUUGUCGGAACAGAUAUAUAGUACAAAAUAAUCAAAUAAGUGAAAUCCAACUUCCACCAAAUAAUGCUUUUUCCUCUUGCACUAUUCAACAAGGCCAACAAUUAUCACGGUAUUCCGCAUCGACAUUGCUAGAUAUUAACGCUGCAAAAAAUAAUGUAAGCACGUCGCGAUCAGGAAAAGAAAAACCUGAUAGUAAUGAAGUGUUCAAUCAAAGGCACGAGAUCACCAGUGGUGUUAGUACAUUACCAGCUCGACACAGCAAAUCAUUAGAUCAAUUGAGAAUGUCACAAAUGGCGCCGCUCAGUGUGCAAACAAUGUCUAAGAAUGUAAGAAAUAGUUCUAACACAUCAGUAAAUUAUCCAAAGCCAUAUCAGCCACCUCAACAAGUGAAACCGACUACGCUGCCACGAAGUGUAACAACGACAACCUAUCCGACAAAUACAACAACUCGAUGUGGAUCUAAAGGGGACGAUUAUAGACGCAAUAUUAACGAAUUUAGAGAGAAAUAUAAGAAUCCUGGUAAUCUAAAUGCUAACAUGCACGGAUCUAAUAACGAGGCAUUCCAUAAUGUGGGCUAUAAAUACGAUGGAAAUGUAAAGCCUAACCCUAAUCAAGUUUAUGGUUACGCUUUCGGUAAUCAGGGUACUCAGCAAGGGAAUAACGUUAUUCGUAAUCCUUUGGAGUUCCAAAGAGGUUACAGAGUUAAUUUGCCCCGUCCUAUGUUGCCUCCGCGUAAUUCUUAUCCACCGGUCAGUGGAAAAACUCAAGCAACUGAUCAAACUAAUUUAGUAUCUAACAAGCACGUUCAUAGGUCUAACUCGACUCACGUAUUUCAUCAAAACUUAGAUAGUCAACAGCAACAACAACAACAACAAAUUGAUAUUGAAGCAGCUCGCAACCAACUGAGGCAUGAAUUAAAUUAUUACCUUCAAAAAGGAGAUUGGAGUUAUGACUUUAAUACAGGCAGUCUUAUUCAAAAUUACCAAAAGAAAUCUAGUAAGAGCAGCGAUGAUAGUGGAUUUGUAAUGACUUUGGAUAGAAGCAGUGAUGGAACUUCUAAAUCAACUUAUUCUAAAACCCCACCAUCGACUCCACAUUCCACAAUACCGUCGGUUAGGUAUAAAAAGAGUCGAUCCAAAGAAUCUAGAUUAAACCACAGCGCCAAGGAAGCCGGUAAAAUAAAUUCAAGUCGUGAUUCUCUCAGCAGCCACCACUCUAUUAGGUCAAGAGACAGCAAAUCUGAUCGACACACGUCUAAAUCUGAUCGCAGCACUCCGAAAUCUGAUAGAGCAACACCUAGAUCUGGAAGAGCGACACCUAAAACUGGUGGUUUAACACCAAGAUCGGGUUUAGCAACUCCAAAAUCAGGAAGAAUUACACCAAAAUCUGGUGCUACUACCCCAAAAAGUGGCAGAUCUAGUGGCAAGCCCGAAAAACGCACAAAACAUAAGGCUUCAGAAAAAAUGACACAGUUAAUGUCGGAAGCCGCUUCUUCUUCCAGUAAUGAGAGUAUACCAUUUGAACUAAGACGAUUGGAAUCAUCAGCCAGUGUUCCGUACAGUCUUGACCAUGGAGCAGAGUUGAGGCAUUGUAGGAGCGCUGCCUCUGUGUUAGAUGAACCAAAUCUUAACAACACUUUUGGUUCAGAAUCUUUGCCAAACUUAGCUCCACCGCCCGCUUUCGAAUCUCCUCCGUUAGAUAUAACGGACAAGGACUUCAAAAUUUUGCCUCCCGAAAACUUUUUAAACAAAGAAGACAAGCGAAGUAGUAAUUCUACAUCUAGCUUAAGCGAACAAAGUGGCUGGGUUUCUAGUGGCAGAAGUUCAGGUCCAUCUACACCUGAUAAUGGCAGUUGUCAAUUAAAUCAAAAUUAUGCGCCUCCAAAUAAAUCGCCCGCUUCUAAAGUUUCUAACAAAAUAUACGAUACUGCUGAAUGUCAAAAUCAAGAAGGGGAAAAAGUAACUGAAUUUAAAAGAACAGUUCUAAACGGUGAACAACUUCGCGAAAAACUGCUGAAACUCGCUGUGAAAGCUGCGCAAAAUUCAAACGAGAAAAUAGAAUGUUGUGAUAAAGAUGUUUGUGAAGAAUGCACCAUUUGUAGCGAUUCUAUUUGCACUGACAGCCAGUGUGAAUACAACAAAUUAAUGCACAGUAACGGAAUAGAUACGGGAUGUAAUUCCGACACUUGUACAGCUAGCUGUUUUCAACAGUACCCUGAACCCAGCAGAAAAUUGAACCAAAGACACAACUCCUUUAGUGGAAUACAAAAUAAAUCAUUUAGUACGGCUCCUACGUCUACUGAAAGUAAUGUAAAGAAAUCUAAAACGAUUAGUGAUGAUCUUCAUCCAUACAUACGAAAGGAAAUUACACCUAAAGUACAACAAGUGCCUGCAAAGUCAAAUACUUUGGACAAAUCAAAAUUAAAACAUAGGAUUGAAUAUACAGAGAAACUAUUGGCGGCAGAAAUACGUAGCUUAACGGUAGACCGCUCUUGUAAAAGUCACAACAAGAAAAGUGACCCGACAUCUACUGUCGCUGGCACAAAAUAUCAAAAUAAAGCUAAAUCUGAAGUAGAUUUAAGUCAUUUUGGAACUGAAAAUGAAUAUGAACAUUUACCACCACCUCAGCAAUUUAGAGAUGCUCCACCGCCCCCUGACGCGUUUAAGGAUCCGCCAUCUAAGUCGCCAAUUUUGAGUAGGCAGAGCAGUAAAUCCUCAACUCCUUCAAAAGUUCCCAGGAAAGCAACUCAGCCAUCUACUCUGCAAUUAGAUAAUCCCUUGUACCAUGUAUGCGAAGGAAUUAUUGAAAGGCGAAAACUAAGGCCUCAUCAAUCAGUUAAUUCAACAGCGCCAAUGUCAGCAAGCACGCUUAACAAAAGUCAAAGCACAGGAGAACUAGCUUCUAGGAAUGAGAAUGGAAAUAACAAAGAACAACGUGAGAGUAACCUUGUCAGUAUAUUUGGACUGGCGGAGUCAGAACGCUUAUUCAUCAAAUGUAGGGAAGAAUUUAGACAAAGCGUUAAAUAUCCCGGUGGAAUUUAUUCAGAUUUCCCACCAGUGGAAAACUCCCUACCGUACUUUCACAUUAGCGAUGAAUAUCGGAUGUUCAAUCCUGAGGGCUUACAUCUUAUAAUUUGUGUGCAUGGAUUGGACGGCAACGCCGCGGAUCUACGUUUAGUAAAAACAUAUUUAGAGCUUGGUCUCCCAGGCGCCAGGCUUGACUUUCUAAUGUCGGAAAGGAAUCAAGGAGACACUUUCUCAGAUUUUGAUACAAUGACUGACAGGCUUGUCCAGGAAAUUGUAACUCACAUUCAAAAUUCAAGCGAACCAGCUAGAAUAAGCUUCGUAGGUCAUUCCUUAGGCACUAUUAUUAUUAGAUCUGCACUAGCUAGGCCACAAAUGAAGCCUUAUUUAGGAAAACUUCACACGUUUCUCUCUUUAAGUGGACCGCAUCUUGGCACAUUAUACAACUCUAGUGGCCUCGUCAAUGCUGGUAUGUGGUUCAUGCAGAAAUUAAAGAAGUCAGGUUCCCUCCUGCAACUAUCGUUGCGUGACGCGUCCGAUCCACGUCGGUCUUUCCUCUAUCGGCUCAGCGAGAGAAGUCAGCUGCAUCAGUUCAAACAUAUCCUCCUCUGCGGUUCGGGACAGGACAGAUAUGUACCCUUACAUUCCGCAAGAUUAGAACUCUGUAAAGCAGCUGCGAAAGAUACUUCGUUGUUAGGUCAAGCUUAUAGAGAAAUGGUGCACAACAUGGUGUCCCCACUUGCAUCGCGCGCGUCUACUGUGUCUGUGGUGCGGUACGACGUGCAACACGCAUUGCCGCACACUGCGAGCGCACUCGUCGGACGUGCCGCACACAUCGCAGCCCUAGACUCUGAUCUAUUCAUUGAAAAGUUCCUCUUAGUUUCCGCACUUAAAUACUUUCGAUAAUUUUAUGCACUUCUAAACUCUUAUCUGUUCUGACUUUUCAGUCAAUAAAUUCUUUUCUUAACUUUUUUUACAGUUACAAUAGAAUUCUAAACCUUAUAGUUUAUUAUUUUCUACACUUCUUUUCUCAAAAAAUAAUGUUUCCUAUAACUUCUUAACUCUCAACUUGGUAAAUAACAAUCUGGUUUUAGUAUCGUAAUGCUGUCGUACUUAAAACCCAUAUUGCAUAGUGCUUAGUAAACUACUGAUAAUCCAGUCAUAUGCUAAUCGAUAUUUUGUCAUUAUUUUUCAACAGUUUUAUACAAUGGAGUACGGAGUUUUACAUAACACCAAAAUUUCUUAAGUACAGCAGUUACAUAAUUUUACUUUGGUUGUGAU